AUGUGCCUGAAGACAUCGAGCAGCGAAUCAAGAGCGUGCCUCUGCACAAGCGACAAACAAGAAGUGGAUGACAAGGCGAUCAAGUUGGACAAGGCCCAUCUCACAGCCGAGCAGAAGUUGGCCCGCCGCGACUUUUGUGCCCAAUUUCGUUCAAAUGCACCACAUGGCCGUGAUCAUGACAUGGCCAACGUGGUGCAUUUGGACGAGAAAUGGUUCUACCUGACAAAGCUUCGUCGCCGAUUCCUCGUAUGGCACGACGAGACAAUUCUGCCGCGAUACAUCCAGUCCAAGGCGCAUAUCACCAAGGUGAUGUUUCUGGUUGCCGUCGCGAGGCCCCGACCAGGAUGGGACGGGAAGGUUGGUUGCUGGGAAAUCGUGGAGCGAACGACGGCCGCCCGAAGCAGCGUAAACAGGCCGGCAGGAACAGAGGUGCUGCGGAGCGUCAAUGUGACGCGCGAUGUCUACCGCGAUUUACUCGUAAACAAAGUUUUGCCAGCGAUCAAGGAGAAAUGGCCAACGGCGAAUGAACCAGUGUACCUGCAACAAGACAACGCGCGCCCCCAUAUAUCGCCUGAAGAUGCUGCAUUUGCUGCUGCUGCGUGUGUUGGUGGCUGGGACAUUCGAAUACUGAACCAGCCACCAAAGUCCCCAGAUCUAAACGUUUUAGACCUGGGGUUUUUCAACUCUAUUCAAGCCCUUCAACAGUCGCUAGAGUGCCAGACGAUGGACGAGCUCAUUGCCGAUGUGAAGUCCGCGUUCGAUUUGUUGGCGCCGUCGACACUGGAAAGGACAUUCGCUACCUUGCGUCGUGUUAUGAAUAUUAUUAUUGACUGCGGAGGUGACAAUAGAUAUGAUGUCCACGAGGCUUGA